AGUUAUUCAUCAAAGUUACAAUACGGUUCCUAACAUGGCAGGUAAAGUAGUUGCUAAUCUGCGAGAAAAAUUUGUAGUUGACCCUCAAAUGGCAUUGAGAUGGUUUCCUGGGCAUAUGACAAAAGGUUUGAGACAAAUGCAACAACGACUAAAAAAUAUCGAUUGUGUUCUCGAAGUCCAUGAUGCACGAGUACCAAUUUCUGGACAUUAUGCAGAUUUCUCAAAGACCAUAACAAGUUUAAAACCACAUAUAUUUAUACUAAAUAAAAGAGAUUUAGCUGAUACAAGCUAUACAGAAAAUAUAGUCUCUAUAUUAAAGAAAGAAGGACUUUCGAAUAUAAUAUUUACAAAUUUGAAAGACCAACAGUGUAAAGAUACAAAACAAAUUAUACCUUUAGCCAAGAAAUUGAUAUUAAAUUCAAAUCGUUAUAAUAGAUCAGGAGAACUUUCUUAUUCCAUGAUGGUUAUAGGAGUACCUAAUGUAGGAAAGUCUUCUUUAAUUAAUCGUUUAAGAAGUAAUAUCCUUCGUAUUUCGGGCAAAGCUACUAAUGUUGGUGCACAAGCUGGUAUUACACGUUCUGUUUUAACACAUAUAAAAGUGGCAGAAGAUCCAACAGUGUACUUGAUUGAUACGCCAGGCAUUUUAAUUCCUACUAUUAAAGAUAUCCACACUGGUUUCAAAUUGGCCUUAGUUGGAUGUUUGCAAGAUCAUGUGAUAGGAUCACAUAUACUUGCUGAUUAUUUACUUUUCUGGCUGAACAAGGAAGGCCGAUAUGAAUAUGUACAAGUACUUGGUUUGUCUGAGCCAAAUGAUAAUGUGCAAUAUGUACUUACAUUUAUUGCUGCAAGGUUGAAAAAGAUCAUACAAAUAAAGGGACCCCUUGGAAGAUUAGAAACCAAACCAGAUUUAAAAUCUGCAGCAGAUCAUUUUAUUAGCUUAUUUAGAAAAGGAGAAUUAGGGCUCUUUUGUUUAGAUAUAGAUUUAUUACGGUCACGACAAUGUUAAAUCAGUUUAAUUAAUAACUACAAUAUAACAAAUAUAUGUAAAUAUAUUUGUUGUUGUAUAAAGUGACUGAGAAUAUAUAGUUUUAUAUGAAUAUAAUUAAUUGAUAACAUUCUACAAAUUUUAUAUAUUUUAUUGUAAAAAGAAAAGGAA